UUCCUGAUGUUCGGCCAUGGGAAAGCUAUUCAUCGGAUGGACCUCGAUGGGAAGAACCAGAGAAGGCUACUAGCUGGAGUGGGAAGCUCCAUCCUGCUCGACUUUCAUUUCAGAGAGGAGAGAGUUUACUGGGCUGACAAACACACUGGGGUCAUCUACAAGGCGUCAGUGAGAGGAGCACCACGACAGAAACUGUACUCAUCUGGCAAACAUAUCUCGGGCCUUGCAGUGGACUGGAUUUGGAACCGUGUUUAUUGGACAAGUGGAGAAAAGGGAAAAAUCAAAACAAUGGAUAUAAAUGGGAAAAAUGAAAGGACUCUUUUAAGACACUUGACCCAACCAAAUUCUAUAAACGUUGACCCCACUAACAGGUUUCUUUUUUGGCUGUCUGGCGGGAUGACCCCAAGUAUCCAGCGGUCUGAUGUGAACGGACGGAUGAAAACUACACUUAUUAAGAUAGCAGAACAACUGGAGGCCCUGUCGCUUGACCGAGAGGACAAAAGACUGUUCUGGGUUCAGUUUGGUCUACAAGGAGAAAGUGCCAUCGCCUCUUGUGAUUACAACGGCAACGUCCUGCACAUCAUAGCUCAGCCACUACGGUCUCAGUCUCUGGGGAUAUCAGUUUUUCUGGAGCACUUGUACUACACUGAUGCAGCAUCUCGGGUUAUUAAACAAGUAAACAAGUACGCUGGUGGAGAGCCACUGAAUGUUAACAUAAAACAGAUGGCAAAACCUCCAGUUAAUAUCAAGGUGGUGCAUCCCCUCAGCCAGCCAAUGGCAGACUCCCAAUCAUCUUUUCCAGGUUGUGACGAGCACAGCGGAAAUUGCGUGAAUGUGUGUUCCAAUGGAGUCGAGCUAGAGACGUGCCAGUGCAGUGAAGGCUUUGCUCUCAGUAAGCAAGGCACUUAUUGUGAAGAUGUGAAUGAAUGUGCGCACUGGAACCACGGCUGCUCUCUUGGUUGUGAAAACAUCCCAGGUUCAUAUUUCUGUACCUGCCCUAAAGGAUAUGCCCUCCUACCGGACAGGAAGACGUGUGGAGAAAUUAUACCAUGUGAUGGCAAUAUGACCAGGAAGUGUGGCAAUGGAUGCCUGACAACAGACGAGGGUUCUGUCUGUGUGUGUCCUGAGGGAUCUUCACUACAGGAGGAUGGACAAGCCUGUACCGGCUGCUUGUCUGCAGACAGAGGCGGUUGCAGUCAGCUCUGUACUCCUGUCACACCUAGUGGGUGGCGGUGUGGCUGUCUGCCUGGCUACCAGCUCCACCAAGAUGGCAAGCGCUGCAUUGCCUCUGGACCACCACCUUAUCUACUAGUUGCCAAUCUAGUGGAUAUACGACAAAUUAAUCCUGAAGGCACUGGGGAUCAAAUCAUUGUGGAGGAUCCAAGAGCGACAAUCAUAGCUUUGGACUAUGAUCCUAUCCAGAAAAAUGUGUACUUUGCUAGUGCAAGCCAGAAGACAAUUGAGCGGAUCGAUUUGAACGGCGGGUCGAGAGACGUUCUUGUCUCUGAUGGUCUGGACUCUCCAGAGGGACUGGCGAUCGACUGGGUCCACCGUAGGAUGUACUGGACGGAUAAAGGCCAAUCAACUGUUGACCGCAGUACCUUAACUGGGCUACACAGAGAAACCAUCGUAAGCAAAGGGCUGGAAAAACCGAGAGGAAUCGCAGUUCAUCCUUUGGCAAAGAAGCUGUUCUGGACCGAUAUUGGGGCCCAUCCUGUCGUGGAAAGUGCCUCUUUGGAGGGGAAAGGCCGUAAUGUCAUCGCUCGCACCAACCUUGUGUCACCAAGCGGCCUCACCAUCGAUUUCACGGAGGAUCGUCUGUUCUGGUGCGACCAGAGGAGUGGCCUGGUGGAGUCUGCUGCUCUGGAUGGUUCAGAUCGACGGGUCCUGUUAGAGAACCAAGUAGGUCGACCUUUUGACCUUGCAGUGUUUGAGGACAGGUUGUGGAUGUCCGAUCGGGAGCACCGGCAGCUGAGGAGCGUACACAAGCGGACUGGGAGAAAACUGCAACGAAUCCACGGCAACAUGGUCCAACCAGCGUCCAUUGUGGUGGUUCAUCCCCUUGCUAAACCAGGGGCAGACGCUUGCCUUCACCUGAAUGGAGGUUGUGCCCAGGUGUGUGAAAGCAAACUGGGAUUCGCCCACUGCUCCUGUCUGUCACGCUACAUCCUGUCAGUCGAUGGAAAAAGUUGCUUGCCAGCCGACGCUUCGAAUGGGACAACAGAAUCUGGAGACAGUGAAUCCACCGAUUCAACGUCUCUCAAAAACGAAACACUCCACGAUGAGAGCGCACCCCUGACAACACCCGGGCUGUCAACUGAUGAAGCUGAGCCUGAUCUAAACUCUGAAGAAAGCAGUGAGCCAACUCUCUUCACAGACACCAUGGUUUCAGACCAGAAUGAGUGUUACUCGCAUCGCUGUGAUGUAAAUGCUCAGUGCCUGCUGCGUGCUGGGAGCCCAACCUGUCUAUGUCUAGAUGGGCUUACGGGUGAUGGACAGUCGUGUGUGGAUAUUGAUGAGUGUACAUAUGGAACGCACAUAUGUGACAAAAACGCAGAAUGCCAAAAUGCCUUGGGGACGUAUCUCUGCAAGUGCCAGGCUGGAUACCAAGGCAAUGGGAAGACAUGUCAAGGUUUGGAGACCACAUCUCCAUGGGUGACAACUGGCAGCCCUGCUGAUGUCUCCACCCGGCACCACAACAGUGACUCAGUAGAGAGUUGCCCGUCCUCCCAUGAGUCCUACUGUCUCUACCAGGGAGUCUGCUUCUACUUUCCUGAAAUGGAGUCCUAUGCUUGCAAUUGUGUUUCAGGCUACAUGGGAGAGCGUUGUCAAUUCAGUGACCUGGAGUGGUGGGAGCUUCAGCAGGCUGAGGAGGAGAAGAAGAGGAACGUGGUCAUUGCGGCCUGCAUGGUGGCCCUCGUUUCCCUGCUCUCCAUCACUGCCUGUGUCACCUACUGUUACGGAACUAGAAAACUCUUCCACAAACAGCCCUCAGUGGAUAAUGUGAGUGAGACCAGCGUGACGGAUGAGAGCAUGUCAGAGACCACCACUACCAGCGUGCCUCGGUUCUACAUGGUGGGAGACAAUGGCGUGGAAGGAAUGGUCAUCCCUGCAAUGGGCUGUCCCAGGAGAGCUGUCUGUCCAUCCUGCUCUUCAGAUACAGGUGACAAUCAUGCGUCUGACGAGUCCGGAACAUUGUCCAAACACAACAGAGGGUAUGAGUGUUCCAUGAUGUCCGCUGUUGCCAUGGAGACCAAGCAACCCCCUGUCCAUCACUCAAGUCCGCCUCUGUCAAGCUCAUAUGGUUGUACGUCUUUCAAGCCACCGGUGCUCUCCCAGACUCCCAGCCUCGAGUCCCCUGCCUCCUAAUUUACCAGAGAGACCGACACAGCUGCACAGUUAAAACACACACAUACUGUAACAUCUGGCUGAUGUGCAAACUGCUAAACUAAGAGUUUCUUUACCAAAAGACAUACCUCACACAUGAAAGUAAUGUCACAAAAGCUGUUACCUCCCAUAAGGUUAUUUGUUCCAUCUGGUUUGCUACUCUCAUCUGUAGAGUUCUAUUACACGCACAAUUUAUUAAUGCCACACCAGUUCAUGAAAGCUAUUUUAAACACAAGUAUCUGGUAGCAUUACCCAGGAUAAAUAAAUACGUGCACAGAAAAUUAUUGACAUUCUUUUUUGGUAAUUUUCUAUUACACAUAAAAUAAAACACUGGCCAGUUAGCAUGACGAAGGAAAGAGUGCUAUGUGCAGAAAGUGUAACUGCACCAAUGUGGUGCAAAGUAAGAGGAAACAAUGGUUAACACACUAAGACCGUUAUGUUAACUGAAGCUAAGUGCCAAAUACCUAGAAAAAAAAAUAUCAUAUUAUGAUUCAUUUUCUAAAAUACAGUAUUUGGAGAAAACUCUUCCCUGCAUUAACGAAUACCUGAUAUUGUAGCUGCAUAUACUGUAUGUCAUGUAAAAUACAUAUACUAUGUACAGUAUGUCUAUUUCUAACAGUUACAAAGUAGAUAUUUAGUAUAUUAUCAAGUGUCAGCAAAAAUAUAGAAAAGAAUCACACAUAACUAGCAAACAAAAAGAAUGAAAUCGGAUCAUAUUUUGAUACGAAAACACGCUUCCAUUGCUUGCUUUUAAAAAUAAAUGAAAGAACAGGUAGAAAUGCUGUUUGUGCACUGAAGCAAACAAUGUUUCUGUCACGACAACUCAUAUAUCCGCAUGUUUCAUCUGCUGAGCUACCAUUGCCCCCCCCCCAAUUAUCAAAUAUUGGUGGGGGAACGCAUAAGAAUAUAAUAAUAACAACCGUUUGCUUGUGUUAUAAAAGGGAUGCGUUUAGUUUUGCUGUUUAGAAAUCACAUUUAUGUUCUCCCUAUUUGUAAACUCCAUGCCGUGCUUUGUGAAGUGUGACAUUUGACUGGACUUGUAUUCAUCUUUAUCUUGAAAUUCAGCGUUUGUGCUGAGUUCAAAUCAUUUGUUGCUCAUCUUGUCGAUCAGCUCAUGGAACACAAUGUGAUGUCAACUAUAUGAAACCAGCAAAUGCACCAUAUGCAUUCUGCCUGAUCAUUUUUUAGAGAGCGUGACGGCGAGCACGUUGAGGGCAUGAACUCAACUCCGCUCACACAACUAACCUGACAAGUGUGGUAUUGUUAGCGUAUUGUAUAUUUAUUUUUAUACAAAAGAUCUUUGUUUACUUGUGCCAGAGCUCUAUUAAUAUCUAUGCUUUUAUAAAUAUAGUGAGGGCACAGUGAGCUGGAUUACUGAUGGAUUGAUGAUUGACUGAACUGGAUAGCUUGGUUUGGAAAGGGAAGGUUUCUUGUUAUUGACUUCUAGUUAAUGUCAUUGUCAGUAUGAGUUUUAAUAUCCAAACAAGCAAAAUAAUGGUAAUAUAUUUUUUGGAAAACACAACCUCCUGCCAGAGUUUUCAUUCACACUGUAUAUAAUUCUCUGACUAUGUUUUCUUUUCAGCCCCUAUGUACUAUAACUGGAAUUACAAAAUGAUCAGGAUGAGGCUUGCUUUUAUUUCCAUCAAUAAAAAUAUAUAUUCACACAACAAAACAUGCUCUGUUAAUAACUGCGACGUAUUUGGCAUCUACCUGAGUUUACUGGACGCAUCAGAACUAUUAACUUGUACUAAACGUUUGCUGUUCUUCUUUACCAAACUUUCUUUUCUUUGCAAAAUACCCUUUUUUAAUGACAUUAUCUUCUUAUAAUUGAAAGAUUAUUUUGGCCAUUCAUAGCCAGUCUUUGUCUCGUUACACCC